ACCUCUGCGCAGUUCGUCCAAGCGACCAGCACUGUUUCCUGUUGAGGUUGAUUUGUGCUGCCUUUGCGUGACGUUUGUUUCUGCAGAAAUGCCUUUUGCUGAUUUGUCCGUCAAAACGCACGCACGGUACCCCGGGUACUGGUGUUUAGCCCUUUUUCUCCUAGAGCAGGUAAGGGAGAGCAGGGAGUGAUUCAAUUUUAUUUUGUUUAUUCUGGUUUUUGGGCUGCUGGUAGCUGUUAGGCCUGAUCUGGUUUGCCCCAGGCUGCCAGUUGAUGGACCCGUGUUUUUUUUAAACUUCAUUUUUACUAUAGCGUAAUGCAAGAAUAAAUUGUUUGAGGUACUUUUGAAUAGAAAUUACUUCUGUGCAGAAGAAUAGCUUCAUCUGCUUCUGGAUGCUGUUGAAAGCAGUAGAAAAGAGUGGAGAGAAUCAAGGAUGAACCUUCAGAUAACAUCCUUGGCCGGUUUGGAUAAUGGCUAUAAGUAAACUUAGUGCACUUGGAUUUGGGGUAGGCAGGGGGGUUAAGUUGCCAGAGGUGCUGCCUGAGAUCACAGACCAAAGGACAGUUUUUCUCUGCCUGGUCAGUGUGGAGAUAAGUAGUGGGAACUUGAGGUGUCAUUCCCUUAAACUGACAUGUAGAUGUUUCUGUUUGCUGUGUAUGUAGUUUUUUGAAAAGUUGAUGCCCAAACAGUUUUAAUACGCAUUCAGAGAGAUUUUCCCAUGACCAUGUUAUCUUCGUGAUCAGAUGGUUGAAAAAGUUGCUGCCAGUGACAGUCUCUUUAGUUGCCCUUCAGCUUUACAUUAUACAACCGUAACUGUAUUGCACUUUGUACUAAAAUAGUAUGGACUCAACUAUAAACUUGAUGCAUGUUUUUUGUAGCAGAGGAGGCUCUAAAUUUUAAAAAAAGAGAGAUUCCAAAGAAUUGGAUAGAAAGAAUGCUUCUGUCUUAGAAUACCUGUGAUUAGAAAAUCAUUUUAAAAAGGAAGAAAGAAAUAAGAAGCUACGACAUUUCUCUGCCUCAUACUGAAUAAAGGCCGUAGACAAAAUUUAUGGGAAGAUGAAAAGAAUGAUUUAUAUUUCUAGAGUCUUUUGAAUCUUUUUUUUUUCCACAUUUGAAAUUAAAGAAUCAAACUUUUAACCUGAAUUUAUUUGCUGCAAUGCUUGUCUCAACUUCUUGUGUUAAAAUGGUAGGAAAUUGGAAGCCAAACUGUAGAGGAAAAACAGUUAAAUUGGGGGUUAUGUUUUUUAAAGAUGUAGUCCUGUAAAGCCAGCUCCAAAUCAGCUGACUUUGUGUUAGUUUAUUAACAUUAGGUGUUGAAAAAUAAAAUGGACUUUGAUACUGUACUUCCGUCUGUUUCUGAAAUAACUUAUAUCUGCAUAGAAGUUGUAGCAGAAUCACUGUUUUUCUGUGCUGGCACAUCCUGCCUAUCAGUAGAGACGAUACCAGUGUUGGAACCACCAAGGAAGUGGUUUUGUGACUACUGAUCCUCGAUCUCCUUGCGAUCAGAUUUUCCCCAAAACGUAACUCUGACCAGGCAGGCAAACUCUCACAUUUCUUAAAUUAAUAAGUAUAUGCAAUUUAUAAUUUGUGCUGCCCGAAUGCCUGCUGUGGGAGGAAAGGCAGUAACUAUUUGGCAUAAAGCCUUCCAGUACAGAAGCAACCUGUCAAAUCUAAACUGUAUUUACUGUCUUGUCAGGCCGUGACCUCAGAAUGGAUGUCAGAACAAUGGCUUAGCUCUGUAAAUUGUGCUCUGUUUUAUUUGCAAAAUUGCUUAAUUUGGAAUUAUUACCUCCUAAAACAUAAUUUACUGAGCAUGUGCAGCUACAUCCAUUUUUUCCCUCUUAAAAAAAAAAUCAGUUUUUUUUUUUUUUUAAGAGUAAAUUUUGUCCAGGUGGGGGAAAACUGCAACAACUGGCUUUUUUGAGCACUUAUUCAGAAAAUAUGUCAAAGUAAUGACAUUAACAAGCAGUUGCAGACAUCUUAAAGCCACAUUGAUUCAUGCAUGAAAGUUAGUUUGCAUUUAAUGGUAUUGCAUGGCACACAGAAUUCAAAGAAGUGUUGGUUGCUUGCUCUGUGUAAGUAGGAGAAUGAAGUAAGUUGUACGUACACUAACAUAAACAGGUAAUAUUUUAUGAAGAACCUUUUCAGCUGGACAAAAUCAAGUUAUUUUAGUAAGCUUCACUCUCCUAAUAUAUUUAAUUCCUAUCCAGUGCAUCCUUUAUAAAUUCUCUAGAUUAUGAGAAGGUGAAUGUAUUAAGUUUUGUGAUUUAUUCUUUAAGACAAAAUAUUACAGCUUGCAAUUUAUAUAUAUAUAUGUUGUUUAUAAUAAGAUCAUUAUAUGCUUUUAUUUAAAGUUCAAAAAGACUCUUAAUUGCAUGUUUAGAGUAAACACUUUUCUUUUUUCCCCUGUAUUGCUCUUAUGAAUAGAUCGUUAGGAAAAGAUAGGUUAAGUGUCAUAUAUGAAAAUUACAAGCAAAGCAACUUAUUUACAGAUGUAUUUCUAGAUAAAAUUACCUGUACUUUAGUUGGAGGUAUUUGUCUUGAUUUUAAUCACUGUUAUGGAAGUGGCUUGGUGGUGAACAGAAGAAUUACCUGCUCACUUAGGCUGCCUGCUUUUCCUGGGGCUUAGGAAGAAGGUGGCAGUGUUGGGCUCAGUCUUUUCCCUCAGCCAGGGCUUCGGACCCAGGUGGAGUAGAGGCCUGGGCUACAUCGCAGCGUGGCUCCCCGACUGCCACCACUGUUUAUGAAAAUGCUGUAUUUUGUUGGGUCAGGCUCAAUGUCAGUCUAAGUUUUGCCUGUCCUUUCUUAAUCUUUCAGUCGUUAACCAUUACUUUUAAAAUGCGCUUUUUGUUUUUAAGAGAAGUGUUUGUAAAAAGUUAAUAAAAUACUCCACAAAUGACUGCUGAGGCCAUUGCUCAACUCAGCCAAGUCCGAAAGAGGAGAAGGGCUCUCACUGAUGAUAAAGUUGGUGUCCAGUCAAAAUUGGCAGCCAAAUACAGAAGAUGCUGAAAUUAGUGCCCUUCCUGAGAGGCCCGGAGUGUCGUGGUCCCAGCAGCACAGGCGGGCUUUUGCCUCCUCAAGGCUUCACAAAAGAUCUGGAGGUGUCGUGGUGGGAAGGGAGGACCGAAUGGGGGUGCGCACGGCUGUGGGAGAGCAAGCUUUCCUAGCUGUGCUGCUCACAGAACUUUUCAUGUUCAACUUUUUAAUGGAAAAAGCUGAGAAAUACCAUGUCAUUUGUCAGACAAAGACCAAUGUUAGGGUAAAAGGGAAUAGGCUGAAUAAAUGCUCGAGAUGAAUUGUUAUGUUGCAUAUAUGAUCUAUUAAUAAGAUAGAAGAAAAGAAGCAAGUGCAAUAUACUAAUGACUACCAUGCUCAGUGGGAUUCAUCAAGCUGUCAGCUCAGACUAGUGAAUAUGUUGUUUUCAUCAGCCUGCUGCAUGGAGGACCAGAUACUGUUGCUAAAUUUAAAGCAAAAAUGUAUAAGACUUGAAUUUUAAUACUUGAUAAAGCUAGUUGUUUAUCUGGCCCAUUAAAGUAUCAUAGGCAUCCAGUAUUAGCUUUGUUAGAAAAGGUGAAUCAAAUCUUAUAAUGGUUGCCUGUGAAAUAAAAUUUUCUUCUUGGAUGGUUCUCUAAGGAUAUUUUAAUUGUUGGGUUUUGCCAUGAACCAUAAAAAUUAGGUCACCAUUUAAGUUUAUCUGAGGAACUGUGGAUAUUUAUAUUCAUGUAAAUAUUUAAAUUCUUCAAAAUUCCAAUUUCCAUAAAAUGAAAAGUCCUGUUAUAUAGUGGUCUCUUCUGUUGUCUUUUUCUGAGUGGUAAUCAUGUUGUCUUUUCAAAAUAGGGAAAAUGAGAUUUGAAUAAGGUAUCCUAAGAUAGCUGCACUUGACAUUGUGGCUUUUUUGUUUCCUCAAUUUACAACAUAAUGUGUAUGCAACUCAAAAUUCAGUUAGCAUUUCUUUUCUUUCCCCUUUCCUUUUUAAUUAUGGAGGGUGCAUGUUUAUCUGUAGUUCUGGGAAGCUCCUGUCUUCAGCCAGGACACUAUCAUGCCAAGUGCUGAACAGCUGCAAAAGGAUUUGAAAAGAAGACAAGUGCUGGGUGCUCUGUCAGGGGGGUGUGCGUAAAAAGAGAGGUGAAAUGAUCAAAAUAACAAGCUAGGAAGAUGUUCUUUGUGGCACCAUGCUGAACUAAUACAUGCAGAAUUAUGCUUUUCAGCCUAACAGUAAUUAAAGCAAAAGAGGAUAUGAGUUUGGAUGAGAUUUGGCUGUAUAGAUAGAUGGGACAUAUUUCUGAUCCCAUGCAGAAAAUUUGGCAGGUCUUGUGCAUAGUCUUGCCAAAGUCUAUGAGAACCUAGACAAAACCAAAUGAAAAAUGCUGCCUAGGUUUACAGUGAGACUGUGCUUUUGUGCACACACAGAAAGUAGGUAUUAGGAAUAACUUCGAAGGUCAAGUUAAGUACUUUCCUUUAGCCACAUUGAGUUUCAGCUAAAGGCUGCGUCCAAGAAACAGCUAAAAUUGGAAUGGAAAUGGAAGGUGGUUCUCAGGUGAGGGUACAGAUCUGUGAGUCAUCGGUGUAGAGAUGGUAACUGAGUUUGUCUUGGCAGAUAUUGGAUCUCAAUAUAAAGGGAGAAGAGGACAGAAAGAAAGGUCAGGGAAAGAGGUGUACAAAGCUCCUACAGGAACUUGGAAGAAAAAAAGAAUUAUCUGAAAAAUGUGUCAAAACAGCAACUAGAAGAGAACUAGUGGGGAAAAAAAUAUUUUGCAGUAUUUUCAUUCUUAGGAUUCUCUGGUUUUGCUUCUGACUUUUACCAAAUAUAAAAUACUAAAUUUAAGGCUAGAACAAUUUUAACUACUCUGAGUAUUUUGUUUUCUCGGUCUCUGUCUCUCGUUCUGCCCAACCUCCUGGAUCAGUUAUAGACUGCAUAUCCAAAACAAAAAGUCCUGUUUUAGAAAGAACCAAUAUGACUGGUAUAACUAGCAUAUAUUGCAUAAUUAAACAAAUGGAAUAAAAGUCAGUGGGAUUUUAGUGGGAGGUUUAUGGGAUCAGAAUUUUAUCUAAGGCAUUACUGAUAGUUUGUGGUAUCAAAAGAUGUAAUAUUACAUGACAUGCACAAGUGAUAACCAUUUUAAAAAAUUCCAGGUACCAUAUUUAUUUAUGCUACGCUUUCUGUGUUUUCUUCUCUCUGAAGCUAAGGCAAAAACAGUUUAGUUGCACAGCUUUUCUACACAAGCUGUGCUAGGUUUUUCAUUUGUAUUUCUCUGAAACCUUCUUAGAAAACAUAAGAAAAAUUCCUUUAAGAAAGAAUAAAUAAAAGAUGGUUUUCACCUGUCUGAAAGCUAAAGGAUGUUAAAUAAACAGGAGACACUCUUUAUUUUUUUCAUUAUUUUAAAUACCCCGACUUUUAAGAAUACAACAAAGCUAGAUGGAUUCUUAACAAAUAUUUUUUGAGAUAAUGAGUUAGCAAAAGCUUCAAGGAGGGUUUCAGAAUAUUAGGCAUUUUGGUUAUUUAACUUAGUUAUAACAUUUGUUCUAAGAGAGUGAGUCCUCAGUCUUAUGGCUCUCCCCCUUGUCCUCUGAAUUUCAGCCAGAAUGUAUUUGACUCCUGAGGAAGAGAAGGGGCACAAAAAUCACCCGGAAAGUUGCAUGUGGUCUUUUCUUGCAAGUUGUCUCCAGUCUGGUAGCUAUGUAGGACUGCGUGGGGGCAUGAGCUGUGUUUGAUGACUCAGGCCAGAAUUUGCUGCUGCCUCCUCAUCUUUAUGUGGCUCCCCGUGAGCUGAGACUUGCUUUGGGGAUGGAGGAAGCUGCAAGGUGGCUGGGGUGUGCAGUGCUCUUUUGGGAGCUGGGUUUUAGAAUUUCUUGGUGAAGAGAGGGAUGAUUUGGUUUAACAUGGCAAGGUCAACUUUGCCAAAGCAAGGGCUUCACAAAGUCGGGGUUUUUUUUCUUUUAUUUUGGAAAAAUGAAUGUUGGACUGUUGCACUUGAAGAAAGCUGAAAAUGGCAGUGCAGGAAUUGAGGACAAAUUGGAGAAGGCUAGUAGAAGAUAUGUGUAUGUUCGUUGGAGAGGACAUGAUGGAAUAUGUUGUUAGAACAUAGGGAAAGAGAAUAAGGAGCAUAAGUACUGAAAAGUUCUGCAGGUCUUAUUCUAAGUAAAACUUGUCUUUUUCUUUUUAGUUCAAGCAGUAUGUUUUUGACAGCAGUAGUGAAGAACUGGAAGACUGGUUAAUUAACGUACUAAAAUGGAAUAUUUGCCAGUAGAGUGAAGUGCCUGCAGAGUACUUGUAUUGGCUGCUAAGCCAAGGUCAGAAUUCUCCUCUUGUUUAUCAUUAAAAAUCUAAACCUGGGCUGCAGUGCCAUUUAGCCAGGCUUGAAAGCUGCCAGCUGCUCUAGCGCGAGCACAGCAAGUAACUAAGGUGCUGACAAGUUUUGACUUCUUCAUCCUCAUAAACAUGAGCGAAGUUCAGGCUAUGGUAGAAUUCUCCGUGGAGCUCCACAAAUUCUUCAAUGUGGAUUUGUUUCAAAGAGGCUUUUACCAGAUUCGUGCAUCUAUGAAAAUUCCACCAAGAAUUCCCCACAAACUAGAAGCUAGCUUGUUACACGCAGCCGGUGCAGAUCUUGCCUUUCCUGCUUCAGUCCAUGACAAUAUAGUUUGCAGUAAAACAUUUCAGAUUCUUUACAAAAAUGAGGAAGUUUCUGUGAAUGAUGUGAUGAUUUUCAAAGUAAAAAUGCUUUUAGAUGAGAGGAAGAUUGAAGAAUCUCUUAAUGAGAUGAAUUUUCUGCUCACAUUAGAUCUACACUUCACAGAUACAGACUAUUCACCCGAUGACCUGAGCACACUACAGCCAAUCAGUAGCCGAACUUUAAAGUUGCACUUUAACUUGCAUCGGGGCCUUCAUCAUUACGUCAAUGUUAUGUUUGAUUACUUCCACCUUUCUGUCAUAUCUGUUAUAGUCCAUGCUUCCUUGGUUGCUCUGCAUCAGCCAUUGAUAAGCUUUCCUCGCCCAGUGAAGAAUACAUGGUUAAACAGGAAUGCACCAGCACAAAACAGGGACUCUGUGAUUCCUUCUCUUGAAAGUGUGGUCUUUGGCAAUAACUACACAAAACAGUUAUCAGCAGAUGGUUGCAGUUUUGUGGUUUCAGAGUCUUUCCUCAAUCAUGCCUAUAAUUUCCACUACACGCUUUGUGCCAGUUUGCUGCUUGCUUUCAAAGGAUUACAUAGCUAUUUCAUUUUGAUAACAAAGGAGCUCCCCUCUUCUCACCGAAUUGAACUGGCCAAGGCCAGCAUGCAGGUCCUUUAUGAACGCCUCCUCAGAAGAAAAUAUCCACGAACCCAGAGAGACGCCUACCUAGAGAACAUAGAUGUAGAAGUUCGUCUCACAGAGUUGUGUGAAGAAGUAAAGAAAAUGGAAAAUCCUGAUGAACUGGCAGAACUUAUAAAUAUGAAUCUUGCUCAGCUUUGCUCACUCCUAAUGGCUCUCUGGGGGCAAUUUCUGGAGGUCAUUACCUUACAAGAGGAAGUCACAGCAUUGCUUGCACAGGAGCAUCACACGUUAAGAGUGCGCAGAUUUGCAGAAGCAUUCUUUUGUCUUGAGCAUCCUAGGCAAGCUGCCCUUGCCUAUCAAGAACUACACGCUCAAAGUCAUCUACAAAUGUGUGCAGCUAUCAAAAAUACUUCCUUCUGCAGUUCUCUUCCACCCCUCCCUAUUGAAUGCAGUGAACUAGAUGGAGAUAUGAACUCCUUACCUAUAAUCUUUGAAGAUCGGUAUUUAGAUUCAAUUACUGAAGAUCUGGAUGUUCCCUGGUUGAUAGUUCAGAAUCUUCCAAGGUCAGAGUCCAAUAAACUGGACAAAUUUGAGGCUGAAGAAGGUUUUGUAGCUGGUUUUACUAGCCCAGAAUUGAAAGUAAGACCUGCAGGUGCCUCCAACCUUUGGCAUUCAGAAACUGAAAAGCUGCUAACAAAAUCUUUGAAAGGGAAAAAUGAAGAUGCAAAUAAAUCCAAAGUUAAGGUUACUAAGCUUAUGAAAACAAUGAAACCUGAAAACACAAAAAAAAUUGUGAAGCAGAACUCUAAAGACUCUGUGGUCUUAGUAGGCUACAAAUGCUUGAGAAGUGCAGCGUUGGAAGAUGCCUCUAGAAGCUCAGAAGGCAGGCCUUCAUGUAAUGCUACUGAAGGGCUGGACCCUAUGUUAGGUGGAUUUCCUUGCGAUACAAAAACCUGCACCAGGCAAAUAAGUCAAACAGAACUUAUGUGUUUGCCAUCUAGAACUGAGCAGAAGACUGCCAAGAUUGAAAGUGUUCAACCAAGUCAGGGUAGCCCAGUGAGUUCUUACUGUGCAAAUGUGGCUAUUUUUGGUGGACUUAAUAUCUCCCAGGCAGGUCCUGGAAUUACGGAAGCAGAUAGUGCUCUGCAGCCUGGAGGUACACUUGACGGUUGUCAUGAAGGUCAGCCAGCUUCAUCGGGCGUCAGGACAAUUGAGGUCAAACCAAGUGAUAAGAAUCCCUAUGAAGGGGAGAAAGUAACUGUUCACAUUGGAUCAUGGGCAGAGUUUCCACAAGAUGGAGUGCAAGGAGAGAAUUUGCAGACACCCAAUAUUCAGGCUUCAGAAUCUGGAAAUAAACUGAACUCAGGAGAACAAGAACAAGUAUUUGAGAAGGAAGAUAUCCACGAAAGAAAUUUCCAACAUACCAGUGAUGUCUCGACAAGAGUAAGAAGUUAUCAGCCUGCUCUUUCUACAAAAGAAACUCAAAUUGCUGUGAGUGGAGACAUGACUAAAUUACCAGAUGUUAGUGUGACACAUGCCUCUUCUAGGUUUUCAGAUUCAGGUGUAGAAAGCGAACCAAGCUCUUUUGCAACUCACCCCAACCCUGAUCAGGUUUUUGAAAAUGUUCAAGGGCAAAGUGCAUACAGCAGUGAGAGAUUAUUUCCUCAGCUUUUACUAAAACCGGACUAUGCUGUAAAAAAUGCAAUAGAAAGCCAUUGUACUGAGAGUACCAGUGCUGUAAGUGAAAUACAAUCAUCCUUGACAUCCAUAAAUUCUCUGCCUUCAGAUGAUGAUGAGCUGUCACCUGAUGAAAAUUCAAAGAUAUCUAUUGUACCUGAAUGCCAGCUAAGUGACAGCAAAACUGUAUUGGAUCUUGGAGCAAUUGACUUACCAAAAUGGGAUGACAAUAAAAAAUCAAAUACCAAUUUGCAGCAACAGUGUGUUGUAUUUUCAGGGCAUUCAGAUAAUGAAACUCUGUCUAUACAUUCCUCACAUUCAGGCACAAAAGAUCUUUUACGCUUAGUUGUUUCAGAUGAAGAUACAGCUACUGAUAUGAAAAGUUACGGCCCACAGGCAAGCAUUGGCACAACUUCUAAAGACUCUCAGGACCUUGAAAAGCAUCAGAACACUGCAGAAGAAACAGCUAAAUUGCAUUUGGAAAUUACUUAUACGGGAGAGCCAUCUGUUGUGUCGGGUUGUUCAUCCAUAAAUGCUGAGCGUGAGGUUGAAAAAACCAAUGAAGGAAAUCAUAAUGAAACUUUAGAAUUAAAGGACACAGCUGAGGAAUUGUUAAUAGCUAAAGGUGAAACUGGUACAGAUAAUCUUUCUCCAACCAGUAGUACUGAUAUAGUAAAGCAAGGGCUUGUAGAAAACUAUUUUGGCUCUCGAAGCAGCACAGAUAUUUCAGAUAUUUGGCCAAUGGACAACAGUGAUCCUGUUAGCCCUCAAAGGGAAACAUAUGAAAAACAGACGAUUUGCUCUUCGCAACAAGAUGAGGAAGACGAGGAGGAUCAGGAAAUGAUUGAAAACGGGUAUUAUGAAGAAACGGACUAUAGUAUUUUAGAUGGAGCUUCCAGCGCUGACCCAGAGCAGGAUUGUGGUUUUGCGGAAGAGAGAGCUCUAAGAUCUGAAAGGACUGACAGUGGGCAUCUGAGAGAUGGGAUAACUGUGCCUCCUGUCUGUACGCCUGGUUGCCUGUCUUUUCCUUCUGCUCUGAGAGACUCUCCUUGCAAUGUUACCUGUUCGUCAAGGACUAAAUCUGAUGCAAUUACGCAGCAGCCAGGCAGCACAUCCUACAGCUCAGCUUCAUCUGUUUCCUGGUAUGAAAGCUCCCCAAAGCCUCAAAUGCUGGCUUUCCUCCAGGCUAAAGAAGAAUUGAAGCAACUUAAACUUCCUGGAUUUAUGUAUAGUGAUGUUUUCAAACUGGCUUCUUCAACACCUUAUUUUAGUAUGGAAGAGGAUGACUGUUCAGAAGAUGGAAUACAUCUUAUAGUCUGCGUCCAUGGCCUAGAUGGUAACAGCGCGGAUCUCAGAUUAGUGAAGACUUACAUUGAGCUAGGGCUGCCUGGAGGGAGAAUAGAUUUUCUUAUGUCCGAGAGGAAUCAGAAUGAUACCUUUGCUGAUUUUGAUUCCAUGACAGAUCGCCUUUUAGAUGAAAUUAUACAGUAUAUUCAAAUUUAUAAUCUAACCCUUUCAAAAAUCAGCUUUAUCGGACAUUCACUGGGUAAUUUAAUAAUCCGUUCAGUGCUCACAAGACCUCGGUUUAAAUAUUACCUCAACAAACUUCACACCUUCCUGUCUCUGUCCGGACCACAUCUCGGUACACUCUACAACAGCAGUGCUCUUGUUAACACAGGUCUGUGGUUUAUGCAGAAGUGGAAGAAGUCUGGUUCGUUAUUGCAAUUGACGUGUCGAGACCAUUCGGAUCCACGACAAACUUUCUUAUACAAACUUAGUAAAAAAGCAGGUCUUCAUUACUUCAAAAACAUAGUGUUAGUAGGAUCUCUGCAGGAUCGUUAUGUUCCUUAUCACUCUGCUCGCAUUGAGAUGUGUAAAACAGCUUUAAAGGAUAAACAAUCAGGACCAAUUUAUGCUGAAAUGAUCCAGAACCUGCUUCUGCCAGUUCUUCAAAAUAAGGAAUGCAGUUUGGUUCGUUAUAAUGUAAUUAAUGCAUUGCCCAAUACAGCAGAUUCUCUCAUAGGAAGAGCUGCACACAUUGCUGUUCUUGAUUCAGAAAUAUUUUUAGAAAAAUUUUUUCUUGUUGCUGCCCUAAAAUAUUUCCAGUAGAGAAAAGUGUUGUAAGAGACUUGGUUAUUACCUCAUUAACAGAUGAAUCAAAUAAUGUGUGGUAUUAAAGUAUAGCUGCAGCUGUAUUUUAAGAGAUAUUUAUACUUUUUAUAUGGAAGAUAAUUUAUAUCAUCCACACUUAGGGCUUUUUAACAUCAACUUUACUUUCUAGGCAAUGUGGCUGUGCAAUAUUUUUUUUAUUUUGUUCUUUUUACUUUUCUAUUACUUUUUCAUAAUUUUGGGUACCUAAUUAUUUGGAGAUUAAAGCACAGUGUGUAUUUUGGUUGAGGUAUUAUUGGCUCUUAGACUUAAGAAGUCAAUGUUACAUGGCUACAUUUUACUAGAGGCUUUAGAUGCCAAAAUAAAUUGGAAGUUAAAAAUUCCAGUAAGGUAUUACACAUUCAGUUGUAUUUUAGCACUGCAGAAAGUUUAACUGGAAACACAAUGAGCUGCUAAAAUACUGGAUAUUUGAAAAUGACUAUAUUUGUCGGUCUCACAAAGAUGACCAUUACUGAGUUGUCUGUUUAGAUAUCACUACAUCUUAACAGUCUUCUACAAGAUCAUUAUCAUCCUUAUUAAACAUGUUAUGCCUGUGGGAAUAUAUUUUCUACUGAUCUCAAAAACAUAUUAGUUUACAUAUUCAUUUUUAUUACUGGAACAUUUGUUUUCAGAAGAAAAUGGCAACUAAGGAUUUUUGAAUGUUUAAUGAUAGCUGCCUUCAAAUACUUAGGGUUUUGCAAAAUUGAUUAAAAUUGUUCCUUACUCUGUCAGUUCUUCAUAUGAACAUGGACAGUUUUACAUGGACUUCCUUGUAUGUACGUAAAAUAAGUAAAUGUUAUAAAUUUCUGCAAUACUUUUAUGAAUUUAAGCAAUUUUUAAUAUUGUUAAAAUGUUUUAUUGACAACAAAGUAUUGUAAAUAUAAAUCAAUACAUCUUCAAAUGGGACAAUAUUAUAAACUUUACCUGUUUAGUGAUACAGAUAAAAUGUUUUUGAUAUACAGGAAUGUUAAAGAUUAUUGACUUUUUACUGGUGCUGAAUAGCAUUAAGUUUGGUUUCUCCUUCCUUCCCUUUUAUCUAUUUCCAACAACAAUUCAGUAAAGGUAGGAAAAAGGGUUACAUGUGCAUUCACUAAUUGUAAUGAACUUUUUUGAAAAAUACAAAUUUGUUGUAUAAUGCAUGUUUAUUUUUAGCAUUGUAUUAUUGCAUCUGGUGUUAAUAAAAUGAACAAAUGACUCUAAUAGAAGCAAUUAAAGAAACUGAAAUCUGCUAA